CGCGCGGCCGUUGCCGAGGAGACGGCGCAGUCUCACGGCGCGUUGCCCCCUCUGCAGUCCCCCCGCCCCUCUUCUCCCACCACAAUGAGAUCCUAAGAUGGCGGUGGCUGCGGCGGUUGGCGCCGACUAGCUAAGGGAGAGAAGGCGGCCAUUGGGCCCUAGGCAGCCAGGGAACUUGUGGGCGCUCCCUGCUCUGGUCUCUGAGGGAGGACCCCUGCCGGUGGCGGGUCGCAGGGCCUGGCCGCCACUCCACCCUUGGCAGGAGGGGCUGCUUCGUUUACAGCAGGCAACAGCUUUGAAGUGUGAAGCAGAGAAGGAGCCGUUUCUGAGCUUUAAAACUAGUUUUAAACAGGUACUUGACCAUCUUAAGUAUGGAGAAGAAAUUGAGAAAUUCCUCAAAUGAAACUGAUUAAACAACACAUAAUACCAAAUACUUAAGCAUUUUCUUCUCCGUUUCCAUUAAAAGUGCUUAGUACAAUUGGACACUGUAUGAAGACUUUCAGAACAGUGUACCAGAAAAUUAAUUGGUAAAGCUAGGAUGGCUACAGGAGGAGGUCCUUUUGAAGAAGGCAUGAAUGAUCAGGAGAUAGCAAACUGGAGCACUGAAGGUGUUGAUGACCGACUUAACAAUAUGGAUUGGGGUGGCCAACAGAAGAAAGCAAAUAGAUCAUCAGAAAAGAAUAAGAAAAAGUUUGGUGUAGAAAGUGAUAAAAGGGUAACUAAUGAUAUUUCUCCGGAGUCAUCACCAGGAGUUGGAAGGCGAAGAACAAAGACUCCACAUACGUUUCCACAUAGUAGAUAUGUGACUCAGAUGUCUGUUCCAGAGCAGGCAGAACUAGAGAAACUCAAACAGCGGAUAAACUUCAGUGAUUUAGAUCAGAGAAGCAUUGGAAGUGAUUCUCAAGGUAGAGCAACAGCUGCCAACAACAAACGUCAGCUUGGUGAAAACCGAAAGCCCUUCAACUUUUUGCCGAUGCAGAUUAAUACUAACAAGAGUAAAGAGGCUGCUGUAAGUCCUCCAAAGAGAGAAGUGAUUGGAUCAGCACAAUGUAAAGAGUUGUUUGCCUCCGCUUUAAGUAAUGACCUUUUGCAAAACUGUCAAGUCUCUGAAGAAGAUGGAAGAGGAGAGCCUGCAAUGGAGAGCAGCCAGAUUGUAAGCAGGCUUGUUCAGAUUCGUGAUUAUAUUACUAAAGCUAGUUCCAUGCGGGAAGAUCUUGUAGAGAAAAAUGAAAGAUCUGCUAAUGUUGAGCGCCUUACUCAUCUAAUAGAUCACCUUAAAGAACAAGAAAAGUCAUAUAUGAAAUUUCUCCAAAAAAUCCUUGCUAGAGAAAAUGAGGAGGAGGAUGUUCGGACUAUAGAUUCAGCUGUGGGAUCUGGUUCUGUAGCUGAGAGCACAUCGCUAAACAUAGAUGUGCAGUCUGAGGCUUCAGAUACCACGGCCAGAGAUCCUCAGCAGGAACCUAUGGAAGAGAUAGAAAAUUUGAAGAAACAGCAUGACUUAUUAAAAAGGAUGUUACAGCAGCAGGAGCAGCUGCGAGCCCUGCAGGGACGACAGGCCGCUCUUCUCGCUCUGCAGCACAAAGCCGAGCAAGCCAUCGCUGUGAUGGACGAUUCUGAAAAGGCUGCAGGGACAGCUCCUGGCCGUCAUACUGUACCAGGCCCACAGCCAGCCUGCUCUCCUUUUCAUCAGAGAGCACCCUCAAGAGUUGUAACAGAAACAGCAGGUAGCCUAUCUGGAGUUAGUAUCACGUCUGAACUAAACGAGGAAUUGAAUGACUUGAUUCAGCGUUUUCAUAAUCAGCUUCGUGAUUCUCAGCCUCCAACUGUUCCAGACAAUAGAAGACAGGCAGAAAGUCUUUCAUUAACUAGGGAGGUUUCCCAGAGCAGGAAUCCAUCUGUUUCAGAACACUUACCUGAUGAGAAAGUACAGCUUUUUAGCAAAAUGAGAGUAUUACAGGAAAAGAAACAAAAAAUGGACAAACUGCUUGGAGAACUUCAUACACUUCGAGAUCAGCAUCUGAACAACUCAUCAUUUGUGCCUUCCUCAGCUUCUCCACAGAGAAGUGUGGAUCAGAGAAGCACAGCUGUGGCUCCCUCUGCCCCCACCGGCUUAGCACCAGUCAGUGGAGAAGCCAGUAGCCUCACGUCAUCUGUUCCUUAUCCUGUUGCUUCUCUAGCUGCUCAGAAUGAGAGUGAAAAUGAAGGACAUCUGAAUCCAACCGAAAAACUCCAGAAGUUAAAUGAAGUUCGAAAGAGAUUGAAUGAACUAAGAGAAUUAGUUCAUUAUUAUGAACAAACAUCAGAUAUGAUGACAGAUGCUGUAAAUGAAAACACAAAAGAUGAAGAAACUGAAGAGUCGGAGUAUGAUUCUGAACAUGAAAACUCUGAGCCUGUUACUAACCUUCGAAAUCCACAAGUAGCUGCCACUUGGAAUGAAGUAAAUAGUAAUUCUAAUGCACAGUGUGUUUCUAAUAAUAGAGAGGGGAGAUCAGGCAAUUCUAAUUGUGAAAUUAACAACAGAUCUGCUACCAACAUAAGGGCUCUAAACAUGCCUCCUUCUUUAGAUUGUCACUAUAAUAGAGAAGGAGAACAGGGGAUUCAUGUCGCACAAGGUGAAGAUGAUGAGGAAGAAGAGGAAGAAGCAGAAGAUGAGGGAGUCAGUGGGGCUUCGUUAACUAGUCAUAGGAGCAGUCUGGUUGAUGAGGCUCCAGAAGAUGCUGAAUUUGAACAGAAGAUCAAUAGACUUAUGGCUGCAAAACAGAAACUUAGACAGUUACAAGAUCUUGUUGCUAUGGUACAGGAUGAUGAUGCAACAGAUCAAGGGGUUAUCUCUGCCAAUACUUCAAAUUUGGAUGAUUUCUACCCAGCAGAAGAAGGCAACAAACAGAAUGCAAAUAACACUAGAGGAAAUACCAAUAAAACACAGAAAGAUGCUGGAAUAAAUGAAAAGGCAAGAGAGAAAUUUUAUGAGGCUAAACUACAGCAGCAACAGAGAGAGCUCAAACAUUUGCAGGAAGAAAGAAGGAAGCUGAUUGGGAUUCAAGAGAAAAUUCAAGCAUUGCAAAAGGCAUGUCCUGACCUACAGCUGUCAGCCACUAGUGCGGGUAAUUGUCCCACAAAAAAAUAUAUCCCAGCUGUUACUUCAACCCCAGCUGUUAAUGGAAAUGAAACCAGUACAAGCAAAUCUGGUUUUGAGCCUGAAGAUCCUUCAGUAGUAGAUAAUGAGCUGUGGUCAGAGAUGCGAAGACAUGAGAUGUUAAGGGAAGAGCUAAGACAGAGAAGAAAGCAGCUUGAAGCUCUGAUGGCUGAACAUCAGAGGAGGCAAGGUCUAGCUGAAACUACAUCUCCAGUGGCUAUUUCAUUGAGAAGUGAUGGAUCUGAGAACCUGUGUACGCCUCAGCAGAGUAGAACGGAAAAAACAAUGGCAACUUGGGGAGGUUCUACUCAGUGUGCACUAGAUGAAGAAGGAGAUGAAGAUGGUUACCUUUCUGAAGGAAUUGUUCGGACAGAUGAAGAGGAGGAAGAAGAAGAGCAAGAUGCCAGUUCCAAUGAUAACUUUUCAAUGUAUCCUCCUAACAGUGUGAAUCAAAACUCUUAUAAUGUAAAAGAAACUAAGAAUAGGUGGAAGAACAGUCGCCCUUUUUCAGCAGAUGGAAAUUAUCGUCCUUUAGCCAAGACAAGACAGCAGAAUAUCAGCAUGCAGCGCCAAGAAAACCUUCGUUGGGUGUCGGAACUGUCUUAUGUGGAGGAGAAAGAACAAUGGCAAGAACAAAUCAAUCAGCUAAAGAAACAACUGGAUUUCAGUGUCAAUAUUUGUCAGACUUUGAUGCAAGACCAGCAGACGUUAUCUUGUCUGCUACAAACUCUUCUCACGGGUCCCUACAGUGUCAUGCCCAGCAAUGUUGCGUCUCCUCAAGUACACCUUAUAAUGCACCAGUUGAACCAGUGCUAUACUCAGCUGACGUGGCAACAGAAUAACGUGCAAAGGUUGAAACAAAUGCUAAAUGAACUCAUGCGCCAACAAACUCAGCACCCAGAAAAACCUGGAAGCCAGGAAAGAAGCAGUGGUGCAUCUCACACCUCUUCUCCCAGUUUAUUUUGUCCUUUCAGCUUUCCCUCACAGCCUGUAAAUCUGUUUAACCUACCUGGGUUUACUAAUUUUUCAUCGUUUGCACCGGGUAUGAAUUUCAGCCCUUUAUUUCCUUCUAAUUUUGGAGAUUUUUCUCAGAAUAUUUCGACACCCACUGAACAACAGCAACCAUUAGCCCAGAAUUCUUCAGGGAAAACAGAAUAUAUGGCUUUUCCAAAACCUUUUGAAAGCAAUUCUUCUAUUGGAGCAGAAAAACAAAGGAAUCAAAAACAGCCCGAAGAGGAGGUGGAAAACAGUAGGACACCAUGGUUAUAUGACCAGGAAGGUGAAGUAGAAAAACCAUUUAUCAAGACUGGAUUUCCAGUGCCUGUAGAGAAAACUACAAAUAGUAAUCGCAAAAAUCAGUUAGAUACCAGCCGGAGAAGACGCCAGUUUGAUGAAGAGUCUUUAGAAAGCUUUAGCAGUAUGCCUGAUCCAGUAGAUCCAACAACAGUAACUAAAACAUUCAAGGCAAGAAAAGCAUCUGCACAGGCCAGCCUGGCAUCUAAAGAUAAAACUCCCAAGUCAAAGAAUAAGAAAAGGCAUUCUACCCAGCUGAAAAGCAGAGUUAAAAAUAUUGGGUAUGAAAGUGCCAGUAUGUCUAGCACAUGUGAACCUUGCAAAAGUAGGAACAGACAUUCAGCCCAGACUGAAGAGCCUGUUCAAGCAAAAGUAUUCAGCAGAAAGAAUCAUGAGCAGCUGGAAAAAAUAAUAAAAUAUAGUAGGUCUACAGAAAUAUCUUCAGCACAUGCUAGGAGAGUGCUACAGCAGUCUAACAGAAAUGCAUGCAAUGAAGCGCCAGAAACUGGGAGUGAUUUUUCCAUGUUUGAAGCUUUGCGGGAUACCAUUUAUUCUGAAGUAGCUACAUUAAUUUCUCAAAAUGAAUCUCGUCCACAUUUUCUUAUUGAACUCUUCCAUGAGCUUCAGCUACUUAAUACAGACUAUUUGAGACAGAGGGCUUUAUAUGCAUUGCAGGACAUAGUAUCCAGACAUAUUUCUGAGAACCAUGAAAAAGAAGGGGAAAAUGUAAAGUCAGUGAAUUCUGGUACUUGGAUAGCCUCAAACUCAGAACUUACCCCCAGUGAAAGCCUUGCUACCACUGAUGAUGAAACUUUUGAGAAGAACUUUGAGAGAGAAACACAUAAAAUAAGUGAGCAAAAUGAUGCUGAUAAUGCUAGCGUCAUGUCUGUAUCUUCAAAUUUUGAGCCAUUUGCAACAGAUGAUCUAGGUAACACUGUGAUUCACUUAGAUCAGGCAUUAGCCAGAAUGAGAGAAUAUGAGCGCAUGAAGACAGAGGCCGAGAGGAGCACAAACACAAGAUGCACCUGCAGGAUUGUUGAGGAUGCGGACGGUGCUGCCGCCGCGGCUACCGUUCCUAACUUGGAAGAAACUCCCAUUGAAAAUUGUAGUUCACAACAACCUGUAAGCGAAGUUUCUACUGUCCCAUGUCCUAGAAUUGAUACUCAGCAGCUGGACCGGCAAAUUAAAGCCAUUAUGAAAGAAGUCAUUCCUUUUUUGAAGGAGCACAUGGAUGAAAUAUGCUCUUCUCAACUUCUAACUUCAGUGAGACGCAUGGUUUUGACCCUUACCCAGCAAAAUGAUGAGAGCAAAGAGUUUGUAAAGUUCUUUCAUAAACAGCUUGGAAGUAUAUUACAGGAUUCACUGGCAAAAUUUGCUGGCAGAAAACUCAAAGACUGUGGAGAAGAUCUUCUUGUAGAAAUAUCUGAAGUUUUGUUUAAUGAAUUGGCUUUCUUUAAGCUCAUGCAAGAUUUGGAUAAUAAUAGUAUAACUGUUAAACAGAGAUGCAAAAGGAAAAUAGAAGCAGCCGGAGUGAUACAGUCUUAUGCCAAAGAGGCCAAAAGGAUUCUUGAAGGAGAUCAUGGCUCACCUGCUGGAGAAAUUGAUGAUGAAGACAAAGACAAGGAUGAGACCGAAACAGUUAAGCAGACUCAAACAUCUGAGAUGUAUGAUGGUGACGGUCCCAAAAACGUGAGAUCUGAUGUUUCUGAACAAGAGGAAGAUGAAGAAAGUGAAGAAUGUCCGGUGUCUAUUAACUUAUCCAAAGCUGAAACUCAGGCUUUGACGAAUUACGGAAGUGGAGAAGAUGAGAAUGAAGAUGAAGAGAUAGAAGAAUUUGAGGAGGGACCUGUAGAUGUUCAGACUUCACUUCAGGCCAACACUGAAACUGCGGAAGAAACUGAACACGACGAUCAGGUACUACAACAUGACUUUGAAAAAUCAGGAGAAAGCAAAAAUGUCCCAUCAGAACAAGAACCCACUACUAGUAAAGAUGACCAAGAUAGCAUUCCUGUGAAACCCUGUUACCUCAACAUCUUGGAAAAUGAGCAACCUUUAAAUAGCGCCAUCCAAAAGGACCCUCUUACUACCAUUGAUUCAUCUAAACAGCCUAACCCUUUGCCUUUACCUUUAACUGAAAUUGAAACCUUGGUGCCUGCAGUCAAAGAAGUUAAAUCUGCCCAGGAAACUCCUGAAAGCUCUUUGGCCGGAAGUCCUGACACUGAAUCUCCAGUGUUAGUCAAUGACUAUGAAGCAGAGUCUGGUAACAUAAGUCAAAAAUCUGAUGAAGAAGACUUCGUGAAAGUUGAAGAUUUACCACUUAAACUGACAAUAUAUUCAGAGGCAGACCUAAGGAAGAAAAUGGUAGAGGAAGAACAGAAAAACCAUUUAUCUGGUGAAAUAUUAUGUGAAAUGCAGACUGAAGAAUUAGCUGGGAAUUCUCAGACACUAAAAGAACCUGAAACAGUGGGAGCCCAAAGUGUAUGAGAGGUCUUCAGAGGCUCAUCUAACUUGCUUUACAUAGUCAAUGCAUACAUGAACAUGGCACUAAAUAAACGUCUGUUUUGAUCUGUAUAAAAAUGUAAAUUAGUUUGACACUGCAUUCUUGAUAGGUGUGCUGAUUUCUGCCCGUGGCAGUUUAAAACAUCAGAAACUGUAUUCUGGACAGAUUCAAGCCUUCAUACACUGUAGGGUUGUUUUUCUUUUCUUUCUUUUUUUCUUUUUGGUCUUUUUUUUUUUUUUUUCCUCUCCCAUUGUGAUGUUUAGUAUUGAUAAAUUUAAGAUGUAGUUUUAAAUAAAGUUGGACUUAUCUGUAAAGUAAUCUCUUUUGGAAAUGAUGUUGAAUUCUAAACAGGAAGUCACUGUUCUGUAUGGUUAGGAUAGUUAGAGAAGAGCAACAGUCAAGAGUUAGACAAAUAGACUAGUUAAUAUAAAGAGCAGCCAUUAGGCCAGGCUUCCAGAUAGUAUGAGUGUUGCUGCUGUUGGGUCUGAUAUUCUUUUAAAUGCCUGCAUUGUCUUAUUCCUGUGCGAGAAUAGGGCAAGUUAUAAAGGUAUCCAGGAUAUUGGUGACGUUGUUACAAAAUACAUAUUCAUAUUCUGUUCAAAUUGGAUUAAGUUCAGAACACAUGUCCUUAGUACUUCGAACUUACAUACUUAUCAGAUAAAUAUUUUCCAGAAUUCAAUUCCUAUCUAUGUUGCCACAGCCUAAAAAAAAGGUUUUAUGUAAUUGAGUAUUUCUGCACAAACAGGUAACAUUAUGAUUAAUUUUAAAUGAAAAACCAAACCCCUUCAAGUAGGGAUUACAGAACUAAAUUUUAUGCAGCAGAAUGUUAACUCUCGGUAUGCCUUUAGACAAACUUGGCUUUUGAGAUACAUCUAUGAGAUUUCUUCAUCACUAAGUAAAUCAGUUUUUAAAGGUGAAUUACCUUUAGAUUGCAAACUUGACCUAUACCUGAGGGAGGCUUCACCGAGCCUGUUAACAAGCCAACCUUACAGGUUUCUUGAAUUAAAUAUGAAGACUUAAUUUCAAUUAGUCUUUAAAACUUAAUUUACUGAAACAUGCCAUAAGAAAGUCAUUUCAUUGGUAUUCCUUUAAAAUUCUUAGUUGCCUGAUACUUGAUUGUAAAAUUACAGUGCUCAUCGGGGAGUCUGUUAAGUGAGGAUUUCUGAGGACAUUUACUGUAUUACUAAUUAAUUUAAAUUAUGUGAGGUGUAGAUCUCCAACAUUAAUAAAACCUAUUCCAGAGAGAGAGGGGAGGAAAAAAAAAAAACCUAUUCAGAGAACUAUCAUUCCAGAAUCAGGAAUUCUUACCCAGUUGGCCUGACUUCUGGGAAACUAAAACGAUGGAUUAUAUGGAUACUCAAGUUCUAUAUUUAUAUGUCUUGUAGACUCCGAACGGAAAGGGGAGAAUUUCAUAUUGGCACACAAGCCAAGCCUUCGUGUUACAGCUCUGUCUCUCUCUACAUGCCUAUGAAAGAUAGGUACGGUGGAAGAACUGUACUUCUUAGUUAUUACUCUAGAAGCUGUGGACCUUAUCUAACUUAUUUGACUUGUGCUAUAGCUGCUGUAACCUAGUCUGUUGUUUUCUAUUUGAGAAGAUAAUUCAGUUUUAAAAUACUUGGGGCUUAAGAUCAGAUAACUUGUUUUACAUUUUCCUUAGUAACUACUGCUCAGAGGUUAGGCAUUCAGGAUUCCUGUUUGUUAAUUUUUAAGUUGAAAAUCUGGUUACAGAUAAAAGAGGGAGAAAGGUCAAAAUGAGUGAGACAGAAUCCUGUGCAGGUUGAGAUAAUGCUUAAACUAGUGAGCCCACUGGACUGUGCAGGUACUCUUUGUAUUUUGUAACAUUCACUUUGGGUAAAUGCUUUUUCACUGUUAAUAAAUGUAUAUCCUCCAUACA